AUGGCCGGCAGUAAGAUCGAUGGCACGGCGAUAGCCAAGGGCAUUCGCGAGAGACUUAAUGCUGAGAUUCGAAAGACACAGGAGUCAAAUCCCAGAUUCCAACCGAGCCUGGUGAUUUUCCAGGUCGGCGACAGAUCAGAUUCAAGUACCUAUGUCCGCAUGAAGCUGAAGGCUGCGGAGGAAGCAAAUAUCCUUUGCAAAAUUACCAAGUUUCCUGAGGAUAUCAUCGAAUCGGAAUUAAUUCAAGAAAUCGAGAACGCAAACAACGACCCCUCAGUGCACGGCAUUCUCGUACAGCUUCCGCUUCCAAACCACCUCUCUGAACAUACAGUCACUUCUGCAGUCUCCAAUCACAAAGAUGUGGACGGUUUUGGUGCCAACAAUAUUGGAGAAUUGGCAAAACGUGGAGGAAAGCCGCUUUUUGUUCCUUGCACUCCUCAGGGUGUUAUGGAACUGCUCCGUACGACUGGAGUGGACCUAGCAGGGAAAGAGGCGGUUGUUUUAGGCCGAAGUGACAUCGUUGGCAGUCCAGUCAGCUACUUGUUGAAAAAUGCAGAUGCCACUGUAACUGUUUGUCACUCCAAAACAAAAGACCUUCCUCAAAUUAUCAAGAAGGCGGAUGUAUUGAUCGCCGCUAUCGGCAAGCCUGGCUUUGUGCGGGGCGAUUGGCUAAAGCCAGGUGCCAUUGUCAUUGAUGUUGGAACAAAUUACAUCCCUGAUGCAUCGAAAAAGUCUGGACAGCGCUUGGUUGGCGAUGUUGAAUUCGAUUCCGCCGUUGAGGUCGCCUCGCAUAUCACGCCAGUACCUGGUGGCGUUGGCCCAAUGACAGUUGCUAUGCUCCUCCAGAAUGUGGUGAACUCGGCAAACUCAUAUUUUGAGAAGUUAAAGGAUAGACGCAUCUCACCGUUGCCCAUCAAACUUCAAAACCCCGUUCCAUCUGAUAUCGCAAUCUCUCGAGCCCAACGUCCAAAGCCAAUCACGCGCGUUGCAGCCGAGAUUGGAAUUGCGGCACACGAAUUAGAGCCCUAUGGCCAUACAAAAGCAAAAGUUAGCUUGGAUGCUUUAACUCGAUUGUCCCAUCGUCGAGAUGGGCGGUAUAUUCUUGUCUGCGGUAUCACUCCAACUCCAUUAGGAGAGGGUAAAUCCACCACUACAAUGGGUCUUACUCAGGCCUUAGGUGCCCAUCUCAACAGGAUUGUUUUUGCAAACGUCCGACAACCAAGUCAAGGGCCGACAUUUGGUAUCAAAGGCGGUGCUGCUGGCGGCGGUUACAGUCAGGUCAUUCCUAUGGACGAGUUCAAUCUCCAUUUGACUGGUGAUAUCCAUGCCAUCACUGCUGCCAAUAACCUACUAGCAGCCGCCAUCGAGACGAGAAUGUUUCACGAAUGCACUCAAUCAGAUGCUGCCCUAUACAAGCGUCUGGUCCCAACGAAAAAGGGGAAAAGGGAGUUCCAGCCAAUCAUGUUCAGGAGAUUGAAGAAGUUGGGAAUCGAGAAGACCGAUCCUAACGAGUUAACUGAAGAUGAAAUUCACCGCUUCGCCCGUCUGGAUAUUGAUCCUGAUACCAUUACAUGGCGUCGCGUCUUGGACGUCAAUGAUCGACAUCUCAGGUCCAUCACGGUUGGCCAGGCUCCAACAGAAAAGGGCCAUACGAGGCAGACUGGAUUUGACAUCUCAGUUGCAAGUGAAUGUAUGGCUAUUCUGGCUUUGAGCAACGACCUUGCUGACAUGCGAGAACGCCUUGGUCGCAUGGUCAUUGCAACUUCGAAGAACGGAGACCCUGUAACUUGUGACGAUAUCGGGGCUGGAGGUGCGCUCACAGCGCUAAUGAAAGAUGCCAUCAAGCCAAAUCUCAUGCAAAGUUUGGAAGGCACUCCCGUUUUUGUUCACGCUGGCCCCUUUGCCAAUAUCAGUAUUGGAGCUAACUCGGUUGUUGCUGACAAACUCGCGCUCAAACUGGCGGGUACCGAGCCUGAUGAGGAUCAUGAAGCCAAGACCGGCUUUGUCGUUACUGAGGCUGGGUUCGAUUUCACCAUGGGCGGUGAACGUUUCUUCAAUAUCAAGUGCCGUUCAUCCGGCCUUGUUCCCGACACAGUAGUCAUCGUUGCUACGGUUCGUGCCCUGAAAGUUCAUGGCGGUGGGCCUGACAUAACCCCUGGAGCUCCCCUUCCCGAAGCCUACAGAAACGAAGAUACUGAGCUCCUGCGACGCGGCUGCGUGAAUCUCAAGAAGCACAUCGAGAACGCGAAGCAAUACGGCAUUCCCGUCAUUGUCGCUAUUAACAAAUUCGAAAGCGAUACCGAGGCUGAAAUGGCCGUCAUCCGCGAAGAAGCAAUUGCCGCGGGAGCAGAAGAUGCCAUUCCUGCGAACCAUUGGGCCGAAGGUGGGGCCGGUGCCGUUGACCUUGCCAAGGGUGUCAUCAUUGCUAGCUCGAAACCAAAGGAUUUUAAACUCCUCUAUGACCUCGAAGGCACCAUCCAAGAGCGGAUUGAGAAGAUUGGUCAGCUCAUGUAUGGCGCUGAUAAGGUUGAAUUCAGCGAGCUGGCUCAGAAGAAGGUGGACACCUAUACGAAACAAGGGUUUAGUAAUCUUCCCAUCUGCAUUGCUAAGACUCAGUACUCUUUGAGCCAUGAUCCAAGCCUUAAGGGUGCCCCGACAGGUUUCACAGUGCCCAUUCGGGACGUGCGGUUGGCUGUCGGUGCGGGAUACUUAUAUGCUCUGGCAGCGGACAUUCAGACCAUUCCAGGCUUGCCUACUGCGCCAGGCUACCUCAACGUCGACGUUGAUGCCGAAACUGGCGAAAUCGACGGUCUUUUCUAA